AAAAACAUUGGAGUGGAAACUGGGACGCAAAAGUUGUUCCUGACUUUUUCAUUUCUGUUGCGGUUUCGAGGUUGUUUUAAGUCCAUUUGCCAUGAUGUGAAGAAGGCAUUAUGAUGUGGCGACUGCUAAGUUCGUUAACUAGAGGUUUUAGAUCUGUCCGUCCCACUCAUUGUUGUUCUCAAGAGGGUCCAGAUGACAAAUCCAGAAAGCAGGUUGAUUUUCAAUGCCAGCUUCUGUUCACAAGACGUCCCUGCCACACAUCUCAGCAGACUCAACAGCUUGACCACAGAGGAAAUGACGGGGAAAAGUACUUUAGACACUGUUCAGAGUCAUCUGGCAAGCUAGAAACAUGGAAAACUCAUUCAACAUUACAGAAAAAGAGUGGCCAUGGUGACUGGGUCUUCUGCAAUGUGGAUUUUAAGGAAAAACAAAGCAAUUGGGGAAGGUCCUGCCGAUGGAAAAGCAGAGAAAGGUUUCUGUGGACACACUCAAUACUCCAAGGGUUUGGAUGGGGUUCAGUUGUGGCCUUUACUUAUUCGCUGUAUCAAGGUUGGGAAGAUCUACAGCGAGAGAAAGAGGCAAGGAAAUCCAUCUAUAAGUGGUACAAUGAGAGGAAUAAAUGUCAUAAUGAUUAUCAGAAAGAAAAUAGCAGGAAAAAUUGUGAAGGCAGCCAGCCCUGGAAUAAUAGCUUUGUCAAGAACCAUAUAUACCAGUGGUGGUUCCAGAAUGGGCAUCAGUAUCCUUUUAUCACCUUUCUAGAAUCAGAUUACCAACAUAGGCACCUGACUGUUUAUCCUCAAGAACUGUCAAAAUCACUUUUUAGUGCUCUUUGGAAUCUAGCAGUUGUUCAAAAAGAUUUUAAUUUUGCAUUGAAGAGGAACGUUAGAGAUGAAGGACACCAAAAGAAUGACCAUCAGUCCUUUAAUGAUGGCCUUCUUGAAGAUGUAAAGGGAACCAAGACAUUAUCUCCAGUAGAUGUGGUGCACAAGCCAAAUCCAGAAGAGACACAAACAAAAUUGCACACUGAAGAACAUACUUUUGAUGCACAAGGAAGUAUAACUGGAUAUGAUGCUUCCUACAAGCUUGAGAAUGAUCUACCAAUAGAAGAACCAGUCAAAGUCUUUGAUAUUAAGGAGGUUGGAGGAAAACCACACCAUGAAGAUAGUAAAGUCACUCAAGAUAAUUUCAGUAGUGAUAGUGGUCACAGUUCAGGGACAAACAGGCCAAGUGUUAAGCAGGAGAAUGAACAGGAUGAUAAUGAAGAUUUUGACGAUGACUUGAAAAAGAUUUUGAAUGCAGGUAUUGAAGAUAUCAGAACACUUCAGGGGGAGUUCAAAAGUGCGGUAGCAGAAGAUUUUGCUCGGAGCAGUGAGAGGUCCAACCCAGGAGCAGCCCUUGUGUAUUUCCAAGUGGGGACAAUGCUUGGUGAUCCAAAUUCGACAUUCAACCUGGCCCUCUGUCAUCACUUUGGCCGAGGUGUCAAGCAAGACAUGAGGAAGGCCCGCAACCUGUAUGAGGCUGCAAGCAGGAAAGGUCACGGAGAAGCAACCUUUAACUUGGCCAUUUUGGUCAGCCAGGGCCAGGGUGGAUCUGCUGAUCUAUCUCGGGCAAGGAGAUUACUAUCUCUGGCUGCUGAGAGAGGUGUCGAGGAAGCUCGUUUAGCUUUGCAGCAGAUGGAUGAGGAAGAAGAGCAUGAGGAUGAUGUGUAUGAAGGUGGACUGAGCAGGACCCAGUCUGAACCAACACUCUCAUCUGUUCUGUCAAGCAACUGGUCAUCUUCAUAUUCAACCACAGAUCUUGACAUCCUAGAAGAUUCAUUAGGUUUUGUGUCCACAGAGAUUAAUGCCCGAACGAGGCCUGUGUUCCACCUAACAUGAAUGGCUCAUGUACUUUAUUAGGGUGAGUAACUGCGAGAAUUGGAAGGUUAUUCAGUUUAGGAGAAAGAAAGCUAGUCAAAUUUUGAUUUUAUGUGUCAAAUUUUAUACUCUAUAUAGCCUGGUUUCAAUUAGUCAUAAAAUGCAUAUAUAAUUUUCAAAAUGCAAGCUCAAUGUGAUGAUCUGGGAGUUAUAUCUUUCCAAUUUAAAUAAGUAAUAACAGGUCUUUUGUAAAAUUUGUUACAAAAUUUUUAGAGUGCAGUUAUUGAAUAAAGUGAUACGAAAGUAAGUAGGUUAGCAAUUUUUUACUGAUAAAUGUUUACACUGAUUUUUAUAUUACCUAAAGGUAUUGAAA